AUGUCUAUAGAUGAUAUUGGAAAAUUAUAUGACGAUUUAUAUAUUUAUAAUACAACUAUGUUUUCUUCAUCUUCUGAUCACGAAGUAUCGAAAAUAUUUCAAAAUGAAAGAUUAAAACAAGAUUCCUUUCUUCAAAAUGUUUUAUUUCAAAUUGAAAUUGAUAUAAGAAAAAGAUCUCCACCAUACGCUGCUAUUUCUGAACAGAGUCAAUUUGAAGAUGAAGCAGAAGUUUUAUUUAUGAUCGGAAAUCCAUUUAAAGUUCAAAAUAUCAAGUACAUCGAAAAAGAAAAUUAUUAUUUAGUUAACUUAGUCUUACUUAAUGAUUUUGAACCAAACGAUGUGAGAAUAUCGACAGAUUACUCUGAUCGAAGAAAUAUAAAAAAUUGUCUAAGUACAUUCAAACUUCAAAUGUAUUAUGUAACAUCUAUUGAACUAAAUAUUAUUUAUCAGGAACUAAUGAAUUUAUAUCCGUCGGAAAAAUGGAUUGAAGCAGUGAAAUUUUAUCGCUCUGGUCAAUAUUUUCAAUAUAGAGAAAAACAGUGUCAAGUGGCACUGGAUAAAUACAAACGUGCAUUAAUGAUUUGGCGUUCCUUUGAUGAGGAUAAUGAUUUAAAUUGUUCGAUUGAUAUUGGUCAUACUUAUAUUCUGAUUGGUCUUUGCUAUCAAUCGUUACGAACUGAUGAACAAGUUAUUAAAAAGAAUUUCGAUCGAGCUCAUAAACAUUAUAAAACAGCAUAUAACAACUCUCGUUGUGAACAUGAACGAACUGAAACAUUAGAUUGUUUGGCAAAUAUUUGUGCUCAUAAAAUGUUAUUACCAUGGAAAGAUGAAAAAUUAGUAAAAAAAUAUGGUCCAAAGGCAAUGAAAUAUAAAUGGCAAUAUAUUAAAACAAUCUUACACAAUGACUUAUAUGAUAAAAUAAAAGUUGCUGAGAGUCUUGAACUCUUAGCGUAUUACUCUAAAAAACUAAUGAAUUACGAUAUUGCGUUAAAUAGUUACAAAAUGGCACUCAAUAUCUAUCAACAACAAAUUGAACUAGAUCAAAAUUCGAUUACUGGCUGUAUUGAUGAAAUUGUUGAAAUUUAUAUCAAACAGAAAAAUGACACACAUUCAGCAAUACCUUAUCAAAAAAUGCGACAUGCAAUGAGAUUAAAAUAUAAUGAACAUCGCUUAGAGGAUGAUAAACAUACAUCUUAUCACAAGAAAAAACGAAUAAUAGACAGUUAUAUUGAACUAGCUAAACUAUACGCAAAAGACAACCAAUAUGAUUUAGCAUUUGAACAAUUAAAACUAGCAAACGCACUCUAUAGCAAUGAAAGAUAUUCUAAGGUGGUCUCAAUUUACGAUUUGAUAAACGUGCGGAACACUGCUGUAAUGAAAACUAAAUAUAAAUCUCGAAGAAAGACUAUUUAA